AUGAUCCUCCUACAAAUUCGAAUAUUACUAAAAAGAAAAUCGAGGCAGCUAGUACAUGUCAAGACGAGAGGCAAGAAGAAGAGCAAGAAGAAGAAGAUCAAGAAGAGCAAGAUCAAGAUCAAGAUCAAGAAGAGCAAGAACAAGAUCAAGAUCAAGAAGAGCAAGAGCAAGAACAAGAACAAGAACAAGAACAAGAACAAGAACAAGAAACAAGAACUGGACGCAAAAGGAGUCAAAUCGAGUCUAGUAUUGGACAUCCAAAAAAGAAGCGGAGGCAGAUUCGUACACCAGUCGAACUCGCUGAUGCCUUUGGGAUGGAUGAUGUGA